UUGUUAAACACACUCAAAGGAAAUUCUUACAAUAGUCAAUAGUUUCGUAUUGUGUAGAUUCUAAAGUUUAAAAGAAAAAUUCAUAUGGACUUGUGUACGCGUUUGAAAUUAAUUGCGAGAUGGUCGCAAAUCGACCGUAGGACAACUGAACGAUUGAUGCUUCGAUACGUCUUAAAAUGACACGCGGAAGUCGAACCUCUCGAAGAUCUACGGCGAUCGGUAAACAACUCCAACAGAAUGAUAGCGAGGAUGAAGCUUCUGUUCGCACUGUGGAGAACGACAAUUACGUGAAACACGGUAGCACGCUGUCACAGAAACGAUGGACCAGCUCGGAAGAGUCGAGACAAGAGUCGAACCGAUCUUACGAACGAAAAAUCAAAACAAGUUUUCCUCGGAGACAAAAUGACACUGAAGACACGGAGACCGAGUCACCGGAUGCUAAAAGCAAUAAUAAGUCACGCAAAGCCGAAUUAUACUCGACUCGUGCAGGAAAAAUGCGUUAUUCAGACAUUCACGCGAAUGAAGAAAGAUUCGCGUCGGGAUCUCUUGGGAGAAAGAGGAAACGUAAUAAACGGACUGAAAGACGAAAGCUUGAAGCACGGCCUCGCACGGCAGAGGCCUUUCAUGAUCAUGAUCGAGCAGAUAUCGGGUCUUCCGUGAAACGCUACAGUGACAGGGAAGGUAGCGUUACUGAUAUAUCGCGAAGAAGAAAGAGGCAUGUUUCCCGAGAAGACGACGAAGUGCCCAUCACCGAGAUCUUGAAAAAGGCUCAAGAAAAUGCGCGCACAAAAUACGAAGAACCUGUGCCGCUUCCGGAAUUGACUACAGACACAAUUUAUAUUCAAGGCAGAAGCGGCUUUAGCGCCGUGAAAAUUGGCGGAUCGAGACGUGCUUUGGGAAAUGAUACGACACGUGUAACAAAAGGUAGAGGAGGCUGCGAUUCUGCAGAGACUCGAACCUAUACGCUGAUAAAGGUAGCAAUCACAGCGCAGAAAUUUUGGAAAUGCACAGGCCUCGUCUAUCAGGGUCUCUUGGGCGGUAUGGCAUUUCUGCAUUUCAUAAUGAUUCAUGUCUUUUUUAACACUUCGAUGGAAUUCAUAUCGAAUUACUCGAUUUUCUCCGAAAUAUAUGCAAAUAUAUUCUCAUUCUUAGUCGCUCUUUGCAUCAUUUCCAUCUUCGAUAAAUUCGAUCUGGCGCGGCUUGAUACGGAUCACUUGCGUGAGAUUUACACGGAUCACGCGAAAACCGCAAUCGCCAUUCCGCUUUAUCUGGUAACGUUUGGACUUCAUCAAGCAUCAUCAAAGAUGGACGAUCAGUUAGCUCUAAUACAUUAUCAAAGCAUCAACGAAACAUGGUCAAAUAAUACGACGCAGGAGACUUUCUUGGAGGAGCUGAACGAUUGGCAGAAGGUAAUGAUAUCGAAGGACCUUCUCGCAAUUUUCGCUUGGCUAUUCGUCGCUCUUGGAACGCGGGACAAUAUGCUAUUAACGCACCUCGAAUCGAUGGUGCAAUACGCGAGCAACGCGGAAUCCCCGAGAUGACAUUCGAAGAAUGACUUUCACUGUCGAAUGAAACAAAUAUGUAUGAAAUUCUUCCACGCGAACGCGCAGACUGAAU